AUGGCUACAAGAGUGAUUCUUGCACUGCUUUUUCUCUUCUGUGUUUCCCAGGUUUCGUCUGAUUUAAGGAUUGAUGAAGAAACAAAACAUGUUAGCCAAGCAUUUCAUGUGUUCACCAGACGCACAGACAGAAAUAUGAUGCAGGAUACAGUGCCGAGGAUCUCGAAAUACUUCGACAAUCGUGCUUCGGUUUGGGUUCCAGCUCCAGCUCCAACCCCAACCCCGGCCCCGGCCCCGGCCCCGGCCCACCGACUCGACUGUGGCGGGCUGUGCAAGUACAGGUGCAGCCAGCAUUCGAGGCAAAAUCUGUGCACGAGAGCAUGUGGGACUUGUUGUGUGAGGUGCAAGUGUGUGCCACCAGGGACCUCUGGCAAUAGAGAGAUGUGUGGAACAUGUUAUACUAGGGAAAUGCAGCGUAAUCUCCAGAUGCAGGACUGCAAUAAUGGUGAAUCAGAAUUAGAUUCUGAGCAUCUUCUUAUGGCUUUAAGAAAAGAAGCUGAGCAACUAGUUAUGGUUCCAUGGAAGUCUUUGAUCCCUAUAGUGGAGGGUUGUAUUUUGAAAGUGGGGAUCCAUUCUGCUCAGCAAGCUAUAAAACCUAUUAUGGAUGAUUCGAUUCGGAAGAUAAAAGAUGAAAUUGAAUCGGCUGUAGCAAAGAAGUUGGUUUCCCAGAAAUGGAACUCUACGGACGAGACUACUACUCCGAUACCAAGAGACUAUAAGCUGAAAUUCUUCGACCAAGUGUCUGAUCCAGUUUUUACAGGGAUGGAAAUUAAAGGAAAAGAAGGUACUGACAUCAAAGUUGCUCUGGUCCAUGAUGCAACUGAAGUUCCUGUCGACUCUGGCCCUGAAUCCUCAACAAGGGUGGAGAUAUUUCUCGAUGCAGGUGUUGAAGACUUGAACAAUAGCAGUGUUAUAGGAAAUGAUAAUCCUCAUUUUCAUACACCUAUCAAUGUUAAACUGGAGAAAGGCAUUGGCACUUUGCCUAAGAAUGUCAAGUUAGUACACAAGUCUAAGUGGAUAAAGCGCUGCAACCGCAGACUAGGGGCAAGAGUUGCGCAAAUAUUUGAUGGAAGUAGAAUUAAAGAAGCAUUCACAGAGUCAUUUGCGGUCUUAGACAAACGCAGAAGUUUAUACGAGAAGCACCGCCAACCAUCUCUUUUUGAUAAAGUGUGGAGAUUAAAAAACAUUGCCAAAAAUGGUGCUCGACACAUUCGUUUGCGUAAGAGUAACAUUUCUACAGUACAGCAAUUUCUGUUUCUACACUCUGUUGAUCCUCAGAGGCUCCAAGAAAUAUUUGGUAGAUGCAAUCCAGCAGCAUGGAGGGGCACGGUGUAUCAUGCUAGUAAAUGCGACAUUGAUGAUAAAAAGGUGUAUUUACACUACUCUUCUUCCUCUGCUGAAUGUAAAAAUGGGGUAGUUUUCGAUGUUGUGGGACAGCUGAAAGGGGUACUGCGUAACAACGGUUAUGUUCCAAUUGAAAGUGUAGCUGAGGCUGAAAAGGACGAUGCACGGAAGUUACUAGCAAAUGCAUUUGAAAAUCGGGAGGAAGCAUCUGCAUGUGAAUAUGCGAAGAAAGCAACUGCAUUUGAAAAUUGGAAAGAUAUAGACUCUUUCGAUGAUGAAGCUUCUCUUCUGUGUAAAUUUCCGUGCAUAUUCAAUGAUGAGAACCCCACCAACUCUACCGGACUGGACGGUCAUUUUGCCCAGUAUUUGGGAAAUGCAGAUUAUCUGAAUGAACCGCCUUGCGAGGACCCAAAUUCAUUCUCUGAUCCUUUGCCACUGUGGCAUUUUGAUGAUAAUUAUGAGUUGUGGUUAUAA